AUGAGUAACGCUUUGGAGAAGAACUCGUCGGCAGUCCGGAAGCGGAUUGAAAAGCAUACCUUUACCGACGAGACCGGGGAGGAAUAUGAUGGAAGUACCUUCAACGGAUUUCCCGAGUACUUCCGGCGCAAGAAGAUCAAGCUGCAGAAUCUAGACGCCGAGAUUCGCUCCCGGUCGGACAAACCACAGAUCUUCAAGGGCAUCGUGGCGCACGUCUCGGGAUACACGCAGCCUCCUCUUCACAUCCUCCACAAGGAAAUCGUCCAACAUGGAGGGGGCUUUCUCCAGUACUUGGAUUCGAAGACCAUGGCAACUCACAUCAUCGCGUCAUCACUUCCACCUAAGAAAACCGUGGACUGGGGUCGUUGUAGGAUUGUGAAGCCUGCAUGGAUCGUAGAUUCCAUUGCUGCUGGGAAGUUGCUCUCUUGGACCGAUUAUCGUGUUAUAGAUGAAGGCCCCAGGCAGAAGGUCCUGGCUUUUGAUGCCAGUGGGAGCAUGACACAAACCACCCCGAAGCCAAGAGAGACGUAUAGAGAGCAUACAGAAAACAGCUUCUAUUCGAUGCAACUAAAGAACUCCCCAGAGAUGAGCGCCGCCUUGAGCCAAGCUGUUGCAAAGGCAUCAAGGCAGCCAGCCACCCCAUCAAAGCUACAAAGCCUCGCCCUAGAGAAUCCUCCAAUCGAAUCUACGGUUCAUGUGGGAGAUCCACCACUAGAUACCGUUGCAGAAAAUAUUGAUUCGGGACCAGCCAAACCCCCAGCUCUAGAAUUACCCGAGGAGACCAAGCCCAAGCUCUCCGGGCCUCCCCAGAACGCUACAUCUGAGGAACACAAUGCUUGGCUGCUUUCGGACCCACGAAUACGAAAGUCGUCGACGGCAAACCCAGAAUUUCUGAAGCAAUAUUAUUCCGAAAGCCGGCUGCAUCACUUGUCUACAUGGAAAUCGGAGCUCAAAUCCAAGAUGCAAAAACUGGCUGCUGAGAAAUCACAGACCGGUAAAGCGGGAAAGAGACCCGUAGGAUCAAGAAGGUAUAUUUUGCACGUCGAUUUUGAUAGCUUUUUUUGCGCUGUGUCAUUGAAGAAGCACCCCGAGUUGGUAGAUAAACCCGUGGCCGUUGCUCAUGGCCAGGGAUCCGGCUCAGAAAUCGCAAGCUGCAACUACCCUGCUCGAGAAUUCGGGGUCAGGAAUGGAAUGUGGAUGAAAAGAGCACACGAGCUCUGCAGUGACCUCAGGGUCCUCCCUUAUGACUUUCCUGGAUAUGAAGCCGCAAGUCAACUUUUCUAUGAAGCUAUUAUCGAGACUGGAGGCUUGAUUCAAAGUGUUAGCAUCGAUGAGUGCCUCAUCGAUGUCUCUGCCCUCGUAUACAGCGCAAUGGGGUCUAAUGGCCAAGGUGCGGACGAGGACACUAUAGGAAGAGAACAGGCACAUGCGGAUGAGAUCGCGACAUCCAUAAGAGCCAGGAUCAAGGAAAAGACGGAAUGCAAUGUGUCCGUUGGUGUUGGCGCAAAUAUCCUCCAAGCCAAAGUUGCUCUAAGAAAGGCAAAGCCUGCGGGACAGUAUCAGCUGAAACCCGCUGACGUUUUGGAUAUGAUUGGAGAACUCAAGGUUGAGCAGUUGCCAGGGGUUGCGCGUAGUAUUAGCGGCAAGCUGGAGGAUGUUGGCGUCAAGCUUGUGAAGGAUUUGCGUGCUCUCUCCCGGGAACGCCUCUCUUCUGUUCUGGGCCCAAAGACUGGAGAGAAGCUUUGGGAGUACUCUCGCGGCAUCGAUAAGACUGAGGUUGGGGAGCAGCCUCCCCGGAAAUCUGUGUCUGCUGAGAUAAAUUGGGGUAUUCGAUUCCUCAGCCAACCCGAGGCUGAGGAAUUCGUUUACAAUCUAUGCAAGGAGCUUGAAAGGCGGCUUUUGAAUGAGCAGGUCAAGGGGCGACAGCUGACCGUAAAGAUUAUGCGGAGAUCGCUCGACGCACCUCUCGACCCGGCCAAACACCUUGGGCAUGGCAAAUGUGACACUUUCAAUAAAAGUGUUUCCUUUGGAGUUUCCACGAACAACUACGAGACAAUCGGUAAAGAGGCAGUCUCAGUCCUCCGAACCUUUGGCUUCAGUCCUGGAGACCUUCGUGGGCUUGGUGUUCAAAUGACAAAACUUGAGCCUAUCAAGACAAACCCCUCUGCGCCUGAAGGCAGUCAGCGGAAACUUCCGUUCAGUGCCUUUAAAGGCCCACCCCCUAGCUCUAGACGUCCUCAAACGGAAGCCAUUGAGGAAGUCGAGAGCCCUGAGAAACCCAGUCGGCAAGGCGAGAGGGAUCCUAUUACUGAAGAGCCAAACACGCCCUCGAAGUCAAAGAUACACCCAGCGAUGGUAUUGACGAAAGCUGCAGAAGAAGACACCAAAGCAACAACCCCUUUGAAUGUGUCAGGUACACAAUUCCUGUUGCCAAGUAGCGUGGAUCCCUCAGUAUUUGCCGAACUCCCUAAGGAUAUCCGAAGUCGGUUAAUGGCACAGCGUCCAGCAAGUAGUCGGCAGGCGUCCCCCAUUACCAAAUCUAGCACGACAGCUAUGAACUUUUUCUCUUCUCAGAUUGACACAGAUGUGUUCAAUGCACUUCCCGACGAUAUGAAGGCCGAGGUGUUGGCAACAUAUGGGCGCAAUCAGGCGCAGCCUCCUGCCUAUCACUCACCAAGAAAGGAUAAGUCAUCCCAUCCAUUCAAACCGGCUACGCCAACAAAGCAAGGGGGGCGGGCACGCAAUUUAUUCGGGAAAUCCGAGCUCAAGAAAGAUGCCCAGGCUGGUUUGAUCCAGACCAGUUUCAUGGACAUCCAAGCUGGCAGUGAGGACCCACAGGGAGGCACUGUAGAGGAUAUGGAUCCCGAGUUUCUCGCUGGACUCCCAGAGUCAAUACGGAAAGAGGUCAUGGAGGAUCAUAGGCGACUACGGCUGGCGCAGAAAUCCGGGUUGGAAGCCCCCAUGCUACAUGGGCAGAAGCUAUCAGAUCCAGAUGCGGAGAGUCUAGUUGAGGAAGCACAGAUACAAUUCCCUCCACCACGGCCACAGAUUCCGUUCGGCAAGUCUGGUGUCUCGUCGGUGCAACAGAUCAAGGACAUGUUGGAUGCCUGGCAUGCAGAGACACAAGUGGACGGCCCACACGAUGGUGAUGUGGAGGUAUUUCAGAAGUAUCUAGUCGGCGUCGUCCAGGAAGAACGGGACCUGAAGAAAGUCCUGAAGCUGAUCAAAUGGCUGGAAGUUUUGAUCGAGCAGGAAGAGGCAAAAAGCCAACCCAAAGGAAAAGAGGCUUGGCAACGGUCGCUUGCACAGAUAAAGAAGGCAGUCCAAGGGGCGAUUCGAAAGCGAGGGUUACUUCCAUUGAAGCUUUGA